AUGGACUCACAUGCUUUCCACUCUCAAACCGACGAGGUUGACAUCUUCAACACCACGCCCGAGAAGCCAUCAGGUCCUUCGAAUAGUGGACACGACCAGAUCAAGACCCAGGCAUCCAGCCCAACCCGUGAAGUGCUCUCGCAUGUCGCACAAGAGCAUCUGAUCCCCGCCGAGAACAGUAUGCAGGCCUUUGCAACUUCAGGGAACACCAAAGCACGCCAACGCAGGCACCUCAUCACGGUCGCUGCUACACGCUCACGACCACGGAUCUUGACUCUCUUCGUCUGUGCGUCCGGCCUACUCUUCCAUCUUCUGGGUAUCGAUCUGGGAUUGCGACUCAUGAAUGGCUAUACGGAGCCUCGAUUGCACCGGGCCGAAGUUCAGCUGCAAGCUGCAAACAGUGACCUGUUUCGCGAGCAACUCAUAUACUCCAACCUGGAUCGCAUCUCUGGUGCCACGUUGGAUCGACGCUACGGCGAGAACUACGAACAGUGCCUUGCUCGUGGCCUCUACCUGGCUGAAGACGCGUUCCUUGGUCUCGACCUAACACAGUAUCCUGAGGUCCGAAACCGCACAAUGGAGUGGGCAACACACAAUUGUGGCAGACUCUUGCAUACACCCCAGCUGCUCAGACCAGAGGUCUUGAGGUUUUGGACACCCACUAGCAAGUAUCGACAGUUUGCUGAGCAAGCCUUCACUCGUAUCAGAACCAGGGCUGCGCUACUUCGACGCCUGUGGUUCGGUGUGGAAUCUCGACUUGCUCCAAAGCCCAUCGUCGCGGAACAGAGCAACAGCACCGCGAAGCGUUCUAAAUUGGCUACCAGAAUGCCAUUUAGUCUUACCCUGGAUUGUCAUGGGCCUCCUCCCUGUCGUCUGGUUGACUCAAGGUCGUCAAACUCAACCAGCCGAAGUGCAAGCUCUGAGGAUGCUGUUGCGUCAGCGCUUAAGCAAGUCCAAAAAUGGUCUUGGCCAUUUGACAGAGUCUUUCGCAUCAACCGCUACAUGGUCAGCGCACUCGCUCUCUUACAAACCCUAUUUGGAGCUCUCUUCCUUCUUGCGGUACUCGUCUCGCGGCCUCGGCCACAGCCUAAAUCGCUUCUGUCUACAAGGUUAGCAGGUGUUUGGCCGCGUGUUUGCAACGCCAUAGCUCGCUUGCACAAAGACGAAGAGCUCGCACUUGGACUCUUCAUCAACUCAGCCAUGUACGCGCUUCUACACUACCAACUCGAAUACGUCAUCGAAGAGUUUGACCGCCCCUUACUGCCUGUCGGCGCCGCCGUCUGCGCGUUCCACGUACCCCAAACUCUCGCCUUCUUUGAUCCUGUGUCAAUCAAGACAGAGACUGUCCGUAGCUUCUGCCGCAGUAUCAAGGAGCUAUACAUGAUCUCUCAGGGCGCUGAACCUCAUCAGUUGGCGGUCCAGGAAUGCCGUCGUUCUGUCUGUCAGCCUUCAGAUGCCAAACCGGCCUCCAAAAUUGCUGCUCGCUUUAUCUCGCCGCUGACGCCCAUCUCAGAGGACAUCCAGCAGGAGCGCAAAGCCAUGCACGCAGAGCAGGGCAAGCGUCCUUGUGCCGACUUUGGACUGGAGGCUGGAUAUGCUACCGAGACCGACUCCGACUACGACUCUGAUGUCCAGCAGGCUAGCUACGUCGACCUUACUGGCGGUGCUACGCCUACAUUUUCCGAGGAUGGAUCGGACUGGUCUGUCGUCGAGGACUAA